CAAGCUCUAAUGCGGAAGUGUCAAACGCGGAAGCAAGCAAAAAUCCUUUUUUAGGACGCAUGCAUUUGCACUUUGAGCACACUUUUAUUACAUGAAUACAUACUUUAUAAAUCCAGGCGUUACUAUAAACAGUUAAAGCAGACUUAGGAGUGUGCUGUGCAGGUAUGUCGUCCAGCGGAGAAGCAGUGUUCCGGGCGGUGGAGACGCCGCUGCUGGUCCUCGGAGCUCUGACCGCGGCCUGGCUCUCCGUGAGCUCCGUGUAUCGGCUGCUGGCCGGGCUCAGGGUGUGGGUGCUGGGCAACGGGAAGCUCGUGUCCCCCACCAGACUGGGGAAAUGGGCAGUCGUGACAGGAGCCACAGAUGGGAUCGGGAAAGCUUACGCAGAAGAGCUCGCCCGCAGAGGCUUUGCCAUCGUGCUGAUCAGCCGCUCUCAGGAGAAGCUGGAUGACGUUUCAAAGGCGAUCGCGAGUAAAUGUGGCGUGGAGACCAAAACGAUCGCAGCAGACUUCAGCGCCGUAGAUAUCUACUCCAGGAUUGAAGAUGGACUUGCAGGACUGGAGAUCGGAGUAUUGGUCAACAAUGUUGGAAUAUCCUAUUCUUACCCUGAAUUCUUCCUCAACGUUCCCGACCUGGAGACUUUCAUCGACACCAUGGUCAACAUCAACAUAACGUCCGUGUGCCACAUGACACGACUUGUUUUACCUCGAAUGGUGGAGAGGAAGAAGGGUGCCAUCCUCAACAUCUCCUCUGCCAGUGGGAUGUACCCCUUCCCUCUCCUUACUGUCUACUCUGCCUCUAAGGCAUUUGUGGACUUCUUUUCACGAGGACUGCAAGCUGAAUACAAGAGCAAAGGCAUCAUCAUCCAGAGUGUUCUGCCAUUUUUUGUUGCAACCAAGCUGAGUAAAAUCCGGCGUGCUACACUGGACAAGCCCAGUCCAGAGCGCUACGUGUCAGCCGAGCUCAACACAGUGGGUCUGCAGACCCAGACCAAUGGCUACCUGCCACAUGCCAUUAUGGGUUGGGUGACUACAGCUCUGCUUCCUGCCAAGAUCCUCAACAGCCAUGUGAUGGGGAUGGGUUUGUCCCAGCGCGCUCGUUACCUGAAGAAGCAAAAGCAGGGUUAGAUAGACGCAUGGCGGCAGGAAGAGGGGACCAGCUGUGUUAAACACUCGUCCCAGGACCACCAUCAUGGACCAGGAAGACAGAAUGUGACAGUUUCUGGGCCACAUCCCAGUUUCCCUCCCUCCGAUACUCCCCGUCAUUGAGGAUGUGAGGCAGCGGCACAUGUAUUCAAUUCAAACAUAAAAAUACUGAACAAAGUGGUGCUCUUCAUCAGCUUUAAUGAAUGGAACACUAACGUGGAAACUAAAAACUAUUCCCAAAUCCAUCCAUCCGUCUGUCUGUUAAACAUGAGGGUGUAUAAAGCCUAGAUGAGGGAACAAUUUGGAUGCAUGUGAGGUUUGAGGCCUCCGUAUAUUUGUGUGUAUCUGAGUAUGUGUUUACUAGCGUUAAGCCUUUUUAGUUUUACACUGCAAGUGAUACUUACUUAUUUUCUAGAGCACUUAAACAUGUUUUAUUGAGAUCUAUUGACAUUAAUAGCUUCAUUAACUCCUACUAUGGGAUUUGUAUUGCACUCAGAUUUAGACGAUUCUUCGUCAGCACCAAUUUGAAACCCUUCGUUAUCUCUUGUUUGGUUUUUCUAACUUAAAAUGUUCUCAAAGGUGUUAAUGUAGUGGUGAAGUCAGUGCGUGUUUCAUUUAAUGAAGAGGAACCGCUGUAAAUGGGUAACCAGCAGAGAGGGAGAUGUCUUGGUGGAAUGUUAAAAUGGGUGUUUUAUUUUCUAACUAAAUUGAUUUUCAAAUGAAUUUGUACCACUGGUGUUACUGUUUUGCAGGACUUUCUAACGUAAAACAAAAAUGCUCUCACAAUCCAUUAGAUCCAGGUACAACAACAUACAUUCAUCUCAAUCUUUUCACUUGUAUUGAUUGAUUUCCUAAAAUGUUGAACCAAACCAAAUGUAGAAAUUAGGCAAACCAAUUGAGAGCUGAUACAUUUAUUUGAUUUUCUCUUUUGAAAGCUACAAUUUUGACCCUAAAGACACUUUUUACUGACACCGACUCUAGGUGCAGCAGCAGGGGACCAACUCCCAGUCAAGUGUUUUCUCUAACAAACUGUAAUCAAAUUACAUUUUUCCAGCCAUCAAUAAAUAUUCAUUCAAAUAACGACA